UCUGUGCCUGUUAGUCUACAUCGGAGAGAUCUCAAACCAAGAACGCAGAUUCCAGUGGACGGAUCGAACAGACCUGUCCAGAUAGACUGUUACUUGGAUCUUCUUCUUUGAGACUACAAAACAAAAAACUGAAAUACCACACAAUAUAGCGAAAGAAACAGUAACCAGAAGCCGGACAUGCCGAAUACUGACACGAUGACUUCCCGUAAGAGGGUGCACGAAGAUGAGGUAACCAAUACUCCAAAUGGAGAAGAGUUCAGCAUCAUAAAGGACUUGAAAAAGAAGAGUAAUGGUAACACACUUGCCUUGAAUGACAAUGAAUCAGUUAAUAAAAAACUGAAAGUAGAACAGCAAGUGAACGGCCAUUCCAAUGGGGUAGAAUCCUCCCUCAAUGUAAAAACCCAAGGUCUAUCUGCAGAGAAGUUCCUUGGCAAUCGUGAUUUAGUAUUAAAGGUCUCCAAGCGUAUGAGAGAAGUGUUGUUGUCCAAAGAACUCUUUGAAGAAUUUGAUCAUAAAGUUGCACAUGUUAAUAAAAAGAAAUACCAUAUGGAGAUGUUUGAUAUUUGCCGGAAAGCAGAACGAAAAGUCUUGGAAGAACAUGGUGUGUGUGCAGAUAUUAUGCAAGGAAGAGUGCCCUUCUUUGCAUUUAUUGUACCAGUUUACAAAGGAGAUUCAGAGGUGAUGAAAUGUUUUGACUUUGUUGGAAAGGGUGUUGCACAUUUACUCAAAGCUCAUAUAGAUGUUGGUGAUGCUCGACCCGAUGUAGAAUUGAUGGGUAUUGAAGACAAAGAACACAUUCUUGUCUCAGACAUCCACUCCCAUAAAGAUAAGCCACUGAUACUAAUUGCUUCAUCGCAAAGCUGACCCAUAAUGAGGACCAUCAUCGAAGGUGGUCCUCUCUUCAGCAUGUUUGAAGAAUUCCAGGACAGAGUUCAGUUUGUGUUCGUUUAUCUGCAGGAGGCUCACCCAAAGGAUGGUUGGAGCUUUGGCGAUCAAUUUUCAGCUGUGAACUCUCAUAAAACUUUAGAAGACAGAAUUGAGGCAGCCAGAAUGUUAGUGGAUUUGAAACCAGAACUACUGACAACCGACCACAAUGAUGAGGAGAAAGUACGUGUUGUAUGUGAUAACAUGGACAACACCUUCGCUCUUGGCUAUGCUGCUUGGCCUGAUCGCAUUCUUAUCAUCGAAGACAAGCAUGUCACUUUCGUCAGCGAACAUGUCACAGAAGUCAUGAAGCAUCCCGAGCAUAUCAUGACAGAAGGUGUUCUGAAAUACCUUCACAAGAGGUUCCCAGCUGUUGAAGAAUGAGCUGUAGUCAGAUGACUAGAAGAAUAGGUAUCUUUUUUUUUUUCAUGAUUCCUUGUUCAUUGUUUUAAUGAUUGUAUUUAUAAAAAAAAAAAAAAGUAGUCUAGAAAGUGUUCAGUAUUGAAUGCUUCUAAUUGAUGGUUGUUCUGACAUGAGAGUUCUCUUGUGAAUCUAUGGCUGCUGAUUCCGGGCUACUUGUUUAGAACACCAUUGUUGACAAUUCGUGUCUGAGCACAGUUUUUCUGCACCUCGACAGAUUGUGGCAUUAAAAAAAAAUAGAACGAGUUUUUAACAGAUUGCAGUUUUCAUUUGGGAAGAAAGUUGUGAACUACUCUAAGGUAACUAUGACGAUGCACAAAUCAGCUCCGAAGGAAGUUUGUGUCUCUGAAAAUCAACCUGAGAAUAUGUAGUUUGUGAUUUUCUUUCCUCCAUGAUAUCUGAAAAAUUUCCAGCAUUCACGGGCUAAGGAGAUGUUCUUUGAAAUGAUAGUUUAUUUUGUUCAUCCAUUUAUGAUUUCACCGACCAUUACUGGUAAUGUGGAUUAGAAUUGAUGGGCCAUUUAACUGUUCAAGUCUUUGAAUAUUUUCUGUGGCAAUUUUGUUGUUUGUCCAUCGAGUACGUUGAGAAGGACCUUUGAUGACGCUUUGGUUAAAUCUCCCAAUGUGGGGAUCCCUUGCGUUUGAGUAAUUUUUUCCUACUCUUGUACACUCGAUCCAUUCGUGCAUUUUUGCCAACUUUGAAUCCCUGGAAAUUUGAACGAAAACAGAAAAGUAAAAACUACUGAACAAGGAAUCAAAAAAAUGUUGGAACUUGAGUUGCAGCAUUAAAAAUUUUUUUUUUGGAUUUAUUGUUGACGACUUAUUUUUUGUGUUAGACUAUGUUCGACGGACAACGAAUUAUUGUUUUGAAAUGAGACUUGUAAAUUUUGGAAGACUUGUUUCUAUGGAAACUAGCUGGGUUAAAAAAAGUAUGUUUGUUUGCAAAUGAUUUCUGGCUUAAAAAAUUAUGUUAAAGAAUGUUGCUAGUAAAACCAUAAUAGCCAUUUGCAUGUUUAACUGAAAUCAAUAUGUGUAAUUUGCAUAUUUAGUUCUCCUAUGCUAGCUAACCUUGCUAUGAAUACUCUAGGUAUUUAUUGAAAAGUUUGGAAUUGAACUAUUUGCUUCUGAAAAUUCUUGCUGAUUAUGAAUUUGAAAUGAUUGAAUGACUGAACUAUUUCAAAUUCUUGAGAAUGUUUUUUUGUAAUAUCGUUUUAAUAUUGCAUCAUAUUGUUUAUGCUAUUUUUCUGCUCGAUUACAAGUUAUUUAAACAUUUUUACUUUAUGUUCUUUCCAAAUUGUUCAACUCAACUGAAAUGGAAGUAUUAUGGCACAUCGUGGAGAGUUGUGGCUAUCACUUGGAUAUAAAUGUGUAAAUACUGUGUUAAAAGUCCGGCCUGGUGGGGGGGGGGGGGGGUGUGCUGGCAAAUUAAUUCAAAUUUAACAAAAUUCUGUAAGAACUUUUUUAAACCUGAUUUACUCAUUUUUUUUUUUUGAAGAAUAUCUUUGAUUUCACUGGCCCCUUGGAAAUUUGAUUAAUAUAUAGUUUUUUUUGGAGCUGCUUUAUCCAGCAGCCAAAUGAACUGUUCACUCAAUUGGGACACUGUCAAAUGAACAGUUCACUUGCUAAGGUUUCUGCAUUCACUUCUCUAAAUUUUUAGCAAUAGAUUUGAAAAACAAAUCAAGUAAUAUGCUUAUUAAGAGAAAUUAAUGUUGAAAUUUCAAAAACGUUUAUGUAAUUGUUUCCAUAGAAUUGAUGUUUUCCAGUGGUUGUAUUAUAUAUAAUUAAAACAUCUUUAUUAAAAAGAAAUAUGACUGAGUGGUAUGC